GCUCAACCCCACCCUUUUAUUCAUGGCCUUCUUUUUCAAAUUGCAAAACUGAUGAUGUGUGUGGAACCUGGACUGAUUGGGUUUUGGAAGACCAAGGAGUGGAAGUUCCUCUUCUUGUUUUUCAUAUUUAGGCUGCUUUUGUGUUCGUGAGUGAUAUGGAAGAUUGAUUGAUUUAUCAUCAUUAAUAUGGAAGAUGCUGCCUUUACGCUCCAUGACAACAACAAUACUACUAGUGAUUUUACUGAAUUCCUCUCCGACGGAUUCUGGCUAGAGACAACAACAACAACUACUACUGCUACUGAUCAAGCUGGAUCCAAUUAUUUCUCUCCUCACCCCCUUUUAUUAGAUACUACCACUAAUCAAAUGGAUCCACCUACAACCCAAUUGCCUCCUCCUAGGAGGUUAUGGAUUGGACCAAACACUCUCACUAACCCAAAUCCUACUAUACCAGUAAACACCAGAUUGGUCCAGGCCAUUGAAUACCUAAAGAAUUACACAACCCAUAAAGAUGUCCUCAUUCAGAUAUGGGUCCCUGUCAACAGAGGAGGUAAACAUGUACUUAUUACUAAUAAUCAACCAUACUUUCUCAACCCAAACUCCCACAGUCUAUUAGAGUACAGAAAUGUCUCUCAAACUUACCAAUUUGCUGCUGAGAAAGAUUCAAAGGAGUUGGUUGGCUUGCCUGGACGCGUCUUCUUGAAGAAGCAGCCCGAAUGGACUCCUGAUGUUCGUUUUUUCAAACGGGAGGAGUAUCCACGAGUUAGGUAUGCUCAUCAGCAUAAUGUUAGUGGCUCCAUUGCUAUUCCUGUUUUUGAAAGUGGCAGUGGAACUUGCUUGGGUGUUGUUGAGAUUGUAACAACUAUUCAGAAAACUCCGGAGCUUGAAGAUGUCUGCAAAGCUCUUGAGGCUGUUAAUCUAAGAAGUUCUCGUAUCUCAUCAAAUCCUUCCAAAAUCAAGGAUUGCAAUGAGUCUUACCUAUCUGUAUUGGCCGAGAUUCAAUAUAUUUUGACAUGUGUGUGUGAUACACACAAGUUGCCAUUGGCUCAGACUUGGGCCCCAUGCAUACAACAAGGUAAAGGUGGGUGCCUGCAAUCUGAUGAGAACUUUGCUUCCUGUGUUUCGACAGUCGACUCAGCUUGCUAUGUGCGUGAUCAACAUGUGGUGCCUUUUCAUUUAGCAUGUUCUGAGCAUCACUUGCUUAAAGGUGAAGGAGUUGCAGGUGGAGCAUUCAAUACAAACCAGCCAUGUUUUGCUAUGGAUAUUACGGCCUUUAGCAAGGCAGAAUAUCCAUUGUCACACCACGCCAGGAUAGUUGGAUUAUGUUCUGCUGUAGCAAUACGCCUUCGAAGUAUAUUAACAGGGUCGGCUGACUUUGUCUUGGAGUUUUUCUUGCCACUUGAUUGCAAGAAUACUGAAGAUCAAAAAAUAAUGCUAAGUUCACUGUCUUCUGUGAUACAACAAAGUUGCCGAAGCUUACGUGUUGUCACGGAUCAAGAAUUACAGGAGGAAAAAGAACUCGUGCAACGUGAAAAGGUCAGCCUUUCCAUUGGUGGAUACCAUGAAGAAGAAUCAAGAAAACCAGUCUCUUCAUCUUACAGGGAUCAAGACGCUUCUUCCUGGCUUGCGGAAAUGUUGGAUGCCCAAAGAAAGGGUAAAGGAGCUGCUGCUGUUUCAGAAAAUCACAAUGAUGAGCAAGAAGAAAACUUUAAGGUCACAGCAACCCCUUGGGAUUACACUCUGAGGGAAUCCAUUCAUGCAUCUACAUUCUCAGAGCCAAACCAAAAUUUUGAACCCAAAGGAGGUUCUGGGGGUUCUUUUGAUUUUUCUUCUGGUACAGGAUCUCAUUCCUCAGGUGCCAAGAGAGCAGGUGAAAGAAGACGGUCAAAAACCGAGAAGAGUAUCAGUUUACAGGUACUCAGGCAGUACUUUGCUGGGAGUCUCAAAGAUGCUGCCAAAAGUAUUGGAGUUUGCCCUACAACUUUGAAAAGAAUAUGCAGGCAACAUGGAAUCACCAGGUGGCCUUCUCGUAAGAUCAAGAAAGUUGGCCACUCGUUACAGAAACUUCAACUUGUGAUUGAUUCAGUCCAUGGUGCUGAAGGUGCAAUUAAACUCAGUUCUUUCUACACCAACUUCCCUGAACUUAGCUCUCCAAAUAAUCCCGGGACCAGCAACUUCUCUGCUUCUAAAAACAAUGAUCAUCUGCAGCAAGUAAAUACUCAACCUGAUGGCAGCCCUGUGACCACCACAUCCAAGUCAACUUCUUCGUCUGGCAGUCAUAACUCUAGCUCAAGUUUAUUCUGUUCCACUGGUUCAAAGAACUUAUUUCCUUGUACAAAUGUCUUUUCCACAACGGAGGAAAAUCCUGGAGGAAUGCUAAAGAGAGCACAUACAGAAACAGAAUUGCAUGAUAUGGGUCAAGAAGAAACCAAGCUUCUGGUCAGAUUCACGAGUCAAAAGAUCCAAAGCAAUCACAAUUCUGUGGAACCUCUGUGUCCUUUGCCAACGAGUAGCAAUCAGGUCUUACGGGAUUCAGGUACAUUUAAAGUAAAAGCCAUUUUUGGGAAGGAAAAAAUCCGUUUCAGCCUGCAAUCACACUGGGGUUUUGGAGAUGUUAAGCACGAGGUGAUGAGGCGUUUCAAUGUAGAAGAUGUAGGUAAAAUCGACCUAAAGUAUUUGGAUGAUGAUGACGAAUGGGUGCUUCUGACAUGUGAUGCUGAUCUUGAGGAAUGUAUUGAUAUACAUAAAUUCUCUAAAAGGAGAACAAUUAAAGUUUCCCUCCACCAUACUUACCGUACCAAUCUUGGAAGUUCAUUUGGUAGCAGCGGCCCAGCCUAAGUGUUUCCAGAUUUGGGGUAUAUGGAGGAUUAUUGGCAGUUGCAUGCAUGUAAGUAGAAAGAAGGGCUUAUUUCACUUUCUUUCUUAGUGUUAAUAGUUGAUGCGGGAAGAUGGCAGAUCCAUGGUCAAUCCGCCACCCUAGCUACAUGCAGUUAUUUGACAUUCUUGCUGAUUGCACACUGCAUACCCCAUUGUAUCGUCUUUUUAUUUAUUUAUUUAUAUAUAUAUCAAUCAAUGGGAAUGUAAUAUAGAACAUACAAUUAAGAACCAGGUGAGAUGGACGUUCAGUCAUGCUGAUUGGGGCACUUUGGCAUGGUUCGAGGUGGAAUAGUCUUCCAUUUCACAUUCAAUGGGCUGCAGAGGAUACCAGCGUAAAUGUUUUGGAUGAUGUUUUUCAGUGUCUAAUUAUCUACUUUUUCUAAGUUCCAACCUUGUGUAUUUAGUAGUUCCAGGAGACUAGACAAACUGAUUUAAUAGAUAGAUAGGUAUUCAGUUUGUGUAUCUUUCUGAUUUAACGAAGAAGGAAAUUCUGAGGAA